AUGAGAAUUACAUACCUUGCGGCCCUCGCCAGUUUAUUUACAUUUAUUAAUGGAGCUCCAGCACCAGGUGUUCACACUGUCUUUGUUACUGCUUACACCACCGUCAUUGUUGACCAAAGUGGUGUCACACAUACGCCUACUUUAGCCACUACUGAAACAGCCGAUGCUGGUGCUGGUGCAAAUACAGACGAAGCUGCACUUUCAACAACUUCAAUUUCAGAUGUUGCCCCACCAACGACACUGACUUCCCAAAACAUCCUUCCAUCAGAUAGUAACACCAUUGCUGAAUCUCCAUCAUCAUCUUCACCUUUACAAUCACAAUCACUGGCCGUUUCUUCAUCUGAACCAUCUGGCUCAGUUCAAUCAGGAGAAGGUACUUACUACAGCACCGGAAUGGGUGCAUGUGGAGUUACUAGUCAGGAUUCCGAUUACAUUAUUGCCAUCUCGCAUGAGUUGUAUGAUGAACACGAUGUUGACAACAACCCCAACCAUAAUCCAUUAUGUGGUAGAAAAAUCAGAGCUCAUUAUCAAGGCAAGUCUGUUGAUGUCAAAGUGGUUGAUAGAUGUGAAGGUUGUGCUUAUAACGAUUUGGAUUUCUCCCCUUCAGCAUUCACUCAGUUGGCUGAUAAGAGUUUGGGUAAAAUCGAUAUCACUUGGGAAUGGUUGUAG